AUGAGCACGUACGCCACCAAGGCGCGCGAGAUCCGCGGGGGCCUACCACGGCACCGUCCGCGGCCCAAGAAGGAUGGAGGGGAGAUGCACGCCGACAUGGCCAUGUUCAUGGCCGCAGGGACGGAGGCGACGGCGAUGGUGCUGUCGAGGAUGACGUCCCACCUGCUGCGGACGCCGCGGGCGCUCGCGCUGCUGACGAAGGGAAUCCUGGCCCGGUUCGCGCGGAGCCAAGACGUCAGCGUCGACGGGCUCGCCGGGCUUGCCACGCUCGUUUCUCUCAACCCGUACCUCGCCUUCACGCACCCGAACAACUGGGCCCGGCCGACCGAGUUCAUCUUGGAGCGGUGGCUCCACCCGGAGGACCCGGAGUGGAAGGACGACAAGCGGGAUUAUGUACGAGCCCUUCUCGUACGGGCCGAGAACUUGCAUCUGAAAGGACCUGGCCGUGGCUUGAGCUCUGCCUGCUUCCGAGCAAACUCUGCGGCACUACGACCUGGAGAUGUGUCCCGGGACGGAAGACUGGGCGGUGCAGAAGUGCUAGUUCACGUGGGAGAAGGGCGCCCCCGUUGA